GAAAAGCGCCACGUACACAUUUUCCAAGCCACAUCCGUUUUCUCAAAUACACAAGCGCCUCUCUCUUCUCGUCUUACUGCGCCAAAAAGGCCCAGGCUACGGCUCCCCGCUAUUCCUUCUAUUUUCAGAAAUCCCUCAACUUUUAAGAUGGCAGCGUCAUCAACCUGUCUCGUAGGAAAUGGUUUAUCAAUCCACACAAACAGACCAAAAUUGAGCAAGAGUUUCUACGGCAGGGAGCUUUUCCUGUCCUCAAGCCUACCAUCAUCAUCUAAGACAUCAAAGGUGGUUCUUGUGAAGGCAUCUUUGGACCAGAAGCAACAUGAAGGAAGAAGAGGCUUUCUAAAGCUAUUGCUUGGAAAUGUAGGAAUCGGUGCACAAGCUUUACUGGGAAGUGGGAAAGCAUAUGCUGACGAACAAGGGGUUUCUUCCUCUAGGAUGUCAUACUCUAGGUUCUUGGAGUACUUGGAUAAAGACAGGGUGAAAAAAGUAGAUUUGUUUGAAAAUGGGACCAUAGCUAUAGUGGAGGCUGUUUCACCUGAGUUGGGAAAUCGGGUUCAACGAGUUCGGGUUCAAUUGCCAGGACUUAGCCAGGAGCUUCUUCAGAAGUUCAGGGAAAAGAACAUUGACUUUGCAGCCCAUAAUGCUCAAGAAGAUUCUGGUUCUUUGUUAUUCAACUUGAUUGGGAAUCUGGCGUUCCCGUUGAUCUUGAUUGGAGGACUAUUCCUUCUCUCAAGACGAUCAUCUGGAGGAAUGGGUGGUCCAGGUGGACCUGGCUUCCCACUUGCAUUUGGUCAAUCAAAGGCAAAAUUCCAAAUGGAACCAAUCACAGGUGUGACAUUUGACGAUGUUGCUGGAGUUGAUGAAGCCAAGCAGGAUUUCAUGGAGGUGGUGGAGUUUCAGAGGAAACCUGACAGAUUCACUG